AUGCGAGCAUUCGGUUUUUGGAGUCUACGGCGGGCUUUUACCUUUCGCCCGUCAUGGAGCCGAUAUUCUUGCAUAGCAAUUCCAAGUCAUGGAGUUGCUCUUGAUCUAGCACGACCGGCCCAGCGGAGAUUACCCAGCACUUGCCGGCACUUCUCUGCAUCUUCGAGCUGUCGAUUCUCCUUGGAGGCCGAUUCAACGAUAUAUGCGCUCUCAACUGCUCCCGGUAGAGCCGCCAUAGCGGUUGUACGAGUCUCUGGUUCCGCGUGUGUGCAGAUCUAUCGCGCCCUCUGUCCCAGUGCACCUCUUCCUCGCGCGCGCGUUGCCGCAGUACGCACCCUCUACGAUCCUGCACAAGAGCCGUCCGCCAACGCAGUCCUCGAUGCGGGCGCUCUUGUACUGUAUUUCCCUGGACCCAAAACCGUCACAGGCGAGGACGUCCUCGAACUGCAUCUUCACGGUGGGCCGGCUAUCGUAAAGUCGGUGCUGGCGGCUAUUGCCCGCACCAAUCGGCCGGAGAGUCUGGUCCGCUAUGCGGAGCCGGGCGAGUUUACUCGCCGAGCGUUCAUGAAUAAUCGGCUCGACCUGCCGCAGAUCGAAGCAUUGGGUGAUACGCUCACCGCUGAUACGGAACAGCAGCGCCGCCUUGCUGUUCGCGGUGCCAGUGACGCUCUUUCGAAACGCUACGAAUUGUGGCGCCAGCAGUUACUAUAUGCGCGCGGGGAGCUGGAGGCACUCAUUGAUUUCUCCGAAGACCAGUAUUUCGAUGAGUCUCCUGAGGAGUUUGUCCGUUCCGUCGCAGGACAGGUCCGAGCGCUGCAGACUCAGCUGAGAUUGCAUAUCGAAAAUGCGUCGAAGGGAGAACUGCUGCGCAAUGGGAUCAAGAUCGCCCUGCUUGGGGCUCCUAAUGCAGGCAAGAGUUCACUCUUGAAUCGGAUUGUGGGCAAGGAGGCCGCGAUUGUCAGUACCGAGGAGGGAACUACUCGGGACAUUGUAGAUGUUGGGGUUGAUCUCGGCGGCUGGUACUGCAAGCUUGGCGAUAUGGCUGGGAUCCGGUCUGAGAUGAGCGCUUCCACCGGUCAGGGAACUGUGGUCAUUGGAGCAGUUGAGAAGGAGGGUAUCCGGCGCGCCAGAGCCAGGGCUUUGGAAUCGGACGUGGUUGUGUUGGUCGUCUCCCUGGAGGAAGGGACCAAUGGCUCGCCUUACCGACUAUCAGUGGACCAGGAGGUAAUCGAUGCGGUUAAUGAUUGUGUACAGGCUGGGAAGUGCAUUGUUGUGGCUAUCAACAAAUGUGAUCGACUUCCUGCAGCAGAUCGGUUCAGCCGGUCACUGCAUGAAUUGAGGACGAAAAUAAGGACGCUGUUUCCAGCCGUUCCGGAGAAACGCAUAUUCGACAUAUCCUGCCGCGAGGCCUCCGAAGGGACUCUGUCUGAGCAAUUGGAUCCGGGGAACAUGCAGGGAUUUCUACGAGGCUUGAUUUCAACUUUUGAAGAGAUUGCGUCCCAGCGGGAAUGGAAGGGGAUGAGAAUGGACAAUUUGAUAUUUCAUAUUGGGAAGAUUCAUUGGGAAUGCAUGCAACACUUGGACGAUUUCCUGAACGAGACUACCCAAGCCCUAACGCCCCGAACUCCCGGCUAUGCUCAUGAUCGAAAUAUUGAGACUGAAAUUGAUGUCGUGAUGGCAGCCGAGCAUCUGCGAUUCGCCGCCGACACUCUCGCCAAGAUCACCGGCAAAGGCGAGAGCGGCGACGUGGAGGAUGUCUUGGGCGUCGUAUUCGAGAAGUUCUGCGUUGGAAAGUGA